AUGGUUACGAAUAACAGUGAGGAGAUUUUGGAGAAAUGCGAAUGCGCUAUUUUGGAUCGGGCCCAAAAGCUGAAAAUGGAAUUAUGCUUCCUGGACUUACUGUCAACUCAAAUGAAAACCGUUAGAGAAUCCCCGACGAACUUUUCGCUCGAGCUGAAGACGUCCAAGUGUCAAAAUCCGUACGGAAACGAGGAAGCCUUGCAAAAGGUAGUUUUGCCGACCUGCGAAGCGAUGGUAGAUGAAAUGCUUGGUCCUCAUUUGCACUUGGUCGACCUGACUGGCUUAAUCUCCUUUUGCCAUCCUGACAAAAAGUUUCAAACCUUCCAAGACGUUUUGAAAAAAAUCUUCAAAGUCGCUCAUGAAACGCUCGGCAAGGUGCUGCUCUUUAGGCACCUGGACCUCGACCCGCUCUUCCACCAGCAGAUCAGUUUCUCCAAUUUACUCCCGUCAGACAUGCUCUGCAACAUGCAGCGUUUGCGAGAGUUGCGGAUUGAGCUGUUCUCGUUCAAAUUAGACGAGCUGUUGAACCUGAUCUUCAGCUGCCGCUCUUCUCUCGUGUUCGUCAGCGUCAACCUCGACCUGGACGCCUCGGUGCCUCUUCCACCUGCUUCGGAGUUGCAGAAAAAACUGGUCAAUUUGCGGAUUUUCCUCUUCCGCUCGCCAUCGAAGGCGGCAGUCAAGCAGCUGAACCAGCUCUGCGUCAGGAACCUGCCCAAGUUGCAGGUCGUCCAGGAGUUCGCCAGUGAAUUCUGCACAGGCCAGGGUUUGCCCCUUCCUGAUCCUAAAGAAUCAAGAAAUAAAAAUCCACCUGCUUCGAACCUGCUUCAUUUAACAAUUGAUAUGGACACGGAUCUGCGCGACGCUAAUGAUAUUCAUCUCAGGUUUCCCCACGUCACCCAUUUGAAGAUGUUUCAGGACCAAUUAUUCCCUGUGGACGUUGUUUCUCACCAAUUAGAUUUUCUGCUCUAUUUUUCCAACGUUGAGCAUCUGGACAUCCGCAUGUCCAGGCCACUGACGUUCAAUCCGAUCCUGGAGGAGCUCUUGAAAACAUACAAAAUGAAAAUUAAGACUCUGAGCGUCGUGAGCCUGUCUCCGAGUAUCAAGACCUGCAGCAUCAGCUGCAUUUUCUACCAGUGUCCAAAUCUGGAAAGGCUCAAUUUUGUUUCUCACCAGAUGGACGUUGAUGCGCUCCGACCACCAAUUAAUCACUUGACAGAACUGGAGCUGCUGGUGACCCACAUUUCAAAGGACAGGAGCGAUUUGCUGUCGUUCAUUCUGCGGUCAGCCAGUUUGGAAAGGGUCAAGCUGAUUGGCCAAACUGAAAACGUGGAGGACGUGGAGAAUGUGGUCUGCAGCAUUCAGGGUACCAGAGGAAUCCUGCGCAACCUGAAAUCAAUGGUCAUCGACAUGGACUGCGCCACGAUUGAACAGGUCUACGAUGAAACCCUCGAGGCGUACUUCGAGCUGAUCAAAUGCGUCGACGAUUGCUUGAAAGAGCAUCGUCUCGAGAAUGUCCAGUUUUUUAUGAACAACCUGGACGAGUACACCACCCUGGUCAGAUGCCACCUUGGAACCUGUGACGGACCGAAAAUUCGCUCUGAUUUAUUUUUCUCCGGCGCGGAUGGAGAAGAGAUUGAUUGGUUCGUCGACACUGAUCUCAUCUCCGUUCUCGACCGGUUUUCUAAUAAUUAA